AUGUCGCACCGCAGCCCCAGUGUUGUGGGUUCCAAGAAUGGCAUCUCCCAGCCACAGGGCACCAGCACUGGAGGCGACCGUUCAGGGGAGGCGACCGUUCAGGGGCUGGCAGUUGCAAAUAAAAUUAAAUGCUUUCCAGCAGAAGGAACAACCCCCUCAAAAAAGAAGAAGCACAAAGAAGUAGGUCCUGCUACACCUGCACCCACCACAAGCAAGGCUCUCACAUCUGAAGGAGCAGAGAUGACGCCUGAACCUCAGAAAAGAAAAAACACAGCCAAAGGAAAGGAUGGGACCAAAAGGAGUAAGGUGUCUAAGGAGCAGACUCAGCCUCCCUGUCCUGCAGGAGCCGGCACGUCCGCAGCCGUGGGCCAUCCCCCACCUCCCCAGACGUCAUCAGCUCCAUCCAAUGCUUCCCCAACUCAGAGUGGACCCAUGGAAGUGAUGGUGCUGAGAGCAACAGAACCAUUUGUAUAUGAAUUCAAAGAGGAGAAAAAGAUGUUUCAUGCCACAGUGGCUACUGAAAGUCAAUUCUUCCGAGUAAAAGUUUUCAACAUCAAUCUAAAAGAGAAGUUCACUCCAAAGAAGAUCAUUACCAUAUCAGAUUAUCUGGGCCGCAAUGGGUUUCUGGAGGUAUACCCUUUCUCAUCUGUGUCUGAUGUGGGCGCUGACCGAAAGAUGGAGAUCUCAAGCAGGCUGAUUAAAAAUGCCAAUGCAACUCCUAAGAUCAAUCAUCUCUGUUCACAAACUAAAGAAAAAUUUGUGAAUGGGGUGUUUAUGGUACACAAGGUAAAGAAAAAAACAAACCAGAGAAACUAUGACUCCAAGACAUUGAAACUAUCCAAGGAGCAGAGUGAGGCUCCAAAACAUUCAGAGGCCGACACAACCCUGACUCAGAGCCAUCCCCAGACUCCUCAGAUGCCUCCAGCAGCCCCACCCAGCACUUUCUUACUUAAGCAGCCAAAACCACUGGCCAACUCUCAGGUCACCCCUAGAAAAACUGAUCUCCGAAAAGGCCCGAUGGUGGUGAUGGUACUGAAUGCAGCAGAUCCGUUUGCAUAUGAGUCCUCAGAAAAGGAGACAAAAGCAAUGUUUCAUGCUACAGUGGCUACUGAGAAAAAGUUCUUUCAUAUGAAGGUUUUCAACAUCAACUUGAAGAAAAAAUUCACCAGAAAGAGAAAUAUUAUUAUAUCAGAUUAUUUGGAAAAUGACCACCUCCUAGAGGUGAAUGAAGCCUCUUCUGUAUCUGAAGCUGGUCCUGACCAAAAGAUUGAGGUUCCCAACAACAUCAAAAGAAGAGCAAAGGAAACUCUGCCGAUUGAUAUUAUUAAAAAGCAAGCUUCUGGAACUAUUGUAUAUGGAUUAUUUAUGCUACAUAAAAAAAUAGUAAAUAAGAACAACACAAUCUAUGAAAUCCAGGAUAAUACAGGACACAUGGAAGUAGUGGGGAAACGAAAAUGUCAUGAUAUUCCCUGUGAGGAAGGAGAUAAACUUCAACUCUUCUGCUUUCGACUGAGAAAAAAGAAACAGACAUCAAAACUGAUUUCUGAAAUACAUAGUUUCAUCCAGUUUUCAGAAGAUAGGUGUUUUCUUUUGCAGAAAAAUGUGAGGGAUAAAUGCACUUAUUAUGAAAUACAAGAUAAUACAGGGAAGAUGGAAGUAGUGGUGUAUGGACGACUGACCAAGGUCAACUGUGAGGAAGGUGAUAAACUUAAGCUCAUCUGCUUUGAAUUGGCACACACAAGUGAGGAUAACUGGCAGCUGAGAUCCGUAAUUCACAGUUACAUCAAGGUCAUCAAGGUCAGGAAAAACAAUAAAAAAACACUCAAUCCUGAUUCAGAUAUGGAAACUUCACUAGAGUCCUCCUUCUAAAAACCUGGAUGCCAUUGAUAAUGAUGUUUAUGGAGAUAAGAUCCAAGUGCAAAAGAAAAAAAAUAUGUACAGAUACCUGGUGGAAAUACAACACAAUAUAUAUACCAUUAUAUAUAUACCAGCUAUUAAUUCUAGAGUAUGAAUGUUAGGGGUGCUUUUAUACGUUUUAUUGUUUUCUAAAAGCCAU